AAGGUAAUAAGGAAGAGAGGCAAACAAAAUUGAUGUUGUCCAUAUCUCUUUGCUUGAGAAGAACCAAGAAUUGAAAACAACACCACCCAGUGUAAGAAUCGAUUAUUCCCACAUCUCUCUUUCCUUUCCACUUACUCCUUUCUUAUCCUUCUUCUUUUAAUUCCUUUUGGUUCAACUUCUUUUUUCAUGUUCAACUUUCAGUGUAUUGUUUCUUCUAUCUACCAUUAUAUCUCUCUCUUAGUUCACAUCUACUUCUUAUUCAAUCAUUUAGCAGCAAAUACAUACCCAAGAUCUUGAUUUUUCGUUUCUUUUCUUUUUUUUUCUUUCAUGCCAAACAAAGUAGUUCAAUACGCUUAUAGUAGUACUAUCAAGUAAAACAUUUCUUCAAGAACAUUCCACCAUUAAAUUUCUUCAAAUUCAUGGCAGCCCUGCUAAAUUCAGUGUCCCCUAUAACAAACCCAUCUUCAGAAAAUCCAAGAAAAUCUUGUGGGUUCUUCUCCCAGAUCCCAAACAUCCAUUCAUUUUCACUCAACAAAGGUUUCUCUAAAGUUUUAGCCUCUACCCAGAUGACCAUAUCUCCAAAGGACACUGCAUUCACUCUCCCCAAUUGGAGGUCUUCCAAGAAUGACCCAAGAACCAAAGAUCUUAGACUCAGUGAUGCUUUUCUCUAUUUGGAAUACAUGGUUGGGAAGGGUCACAAGCCUGAUGUGGCUCAUGCCACUCAGCUCUUGUAUGACCUUUGCAAAUCGAGCAAACUCCGAAAGGCGACUAGGGUUAUGGAAAUGAUGGUGAGUUCAGGAGCUCACCCGGAUCCGUCUACUUACACUUUCUUGGUGGAUCAUUUGUGUAAGAGAGGGAAUGUUGGGCACGCAAUGCAAUUAGUCGAAAAAAUGGAAGAACAUGGGUUUCCAACCAAUACUGUUACUUACAAUUCUCUAAUUAAAGGACUUUGUAUGCAAGGAAACUUGAAUCAAAGUUUGCAAUUUUUGAAAAGGUUGAUGCACAAAGGGCUUGUUCCAAAUGCGUUCACUUUUUCAUUCUUGCUAGAGGCUGCUUAUAAGGAGAGAGGGGUCAACGAAGCGAUGAAACUCUUGGAUGAGAUCAUUGAUAAGGGUGGGAAGCCUAAUUUGGUUAGCUACAAUGUUUUGUUAACUGGGUUGUGUAAGGAAGGCAGAAUUGAGGAAGCAAUGAGGUUUUUUAGGGAUUUACCAUCCAAGGGUUUUAUUCCCAAUGUAGUGAGCCAUAAUAUUUUGUUGAGGAGCUUGUGCUACGAGGGGCGGUGGGAAGAGGCCAAUGGGAUUCUUGAAGAGAUGGUAGGCGAAGAUCGUUCACCAUCGGUGGUAACCUACAAUAUACUAAUUGGUUCACUUGCUUAUCAUGGUCGGACUGAUCAUGCCCUUGAGGUGUUAGAUGAAAUGUUUAAGGGACCAUUCAAACCCACUGCUGCAACCUACAACCCAAUCAUUGCUCGUUUAUGCAAAGAAGGGAAAGCGGAUGAUGUAGUCAAGUGUCUUGACCAAAUGAUUUACUGUCAUUGCUAUCCCAAUGAUGGAACGUAUAACGCCAUUGCUGUGCUUUGUGAGGAAGGGAAGGUGCGAGAGGCUUUCUCAAUAAUUCAAAGCUUGGGAAACAAGCAGAACUCCUCGAUUCAUGACUUUUACAGAGGCGUGAUCUCGAGCUUGUGUAAGAAAAGAAACACAUAUCCUGCGUUUCUGCUUCUAUAUGAAAUGACAAUGUGUGGAUUUACUCCUGAUUCGUUUACCUAUUCCUCUUUGAUAAGAGGAUUGUGCAUGGAAGGAAUGCUAGAUGAGGCCAUGGAAAUUUUCAAGAUCAUCCAAGAAAACGGGUGCAGGCCUGAUAUUGACAAUUUUAAUGCACUUAUCCUUGGGUUAUGCAAAUCACGAAGAACUGAUUUGUCAUUCGAGAUUUUUGAGAAGAUGAUUGAGAAGGGGCACAUGCCUAAUGAGACAACUUAUUCCAUUAUAGUGGAAGGUAUUGUGCAUGAAGAUGAGAAGGAGCUCGCAGCGGUUGUUUUGAAAGAGUUGCAUUCGUGGCAAGUCAUGAGUCGGAAUACAGUAGAGAGACUAGUCAUGCAAUAUGACCUUGAGGGGUUACCAGUAUAGACCGUUUAAAGAAAUCUGAAAGAAAAUUUGAAUAGAGAGAGGGGAGCAAACAAGGCCCAGGAUUUGUGAUCAACACAAACCAGAUGAAGAGGAGAGCUUGGUUCAACUAUGGGUAUAAAACUGUACAAAGGAAAUGAAAGCCAAUAUAGAAAUUGACAUUGUAUUCAAAAACAUUUUGAAGGUGGCAUAGGAACAAGUUCAAUAUUGAUGAUUAUAGCUUUCCAAUCCUGAUCUUUGUUGAAGUCUGUUAACUAAUAUAAAUAACUUGCAUCUUUCUUCUU